GAGCCCUCCAUCUUCGGUCUCAGCUUCCUCCUCCCGGUCCCGUGGCCGCCCGGCUCCUGUUUAAACGCAGCGCGGGGUUCAACCCCUAGCAGCAGUGCGGAGCGCGAGCGCCGUGCCCUACAGCCCGGCAAGAACCCGGGUGCGAGUGUAUCACCCAGAGGGAGAGAGGCUGCCAGGAGCAGUAGGCCUAGUACCUCGCCGCACCCUGGCUAUGUCUACCUCUGAGGAGGCAGACCUGCUUCGGCUGGAGGAGGUCUUCUCAAUGACUCUUGCUCGAACCAUCAGUCUCAUCCUGCAGCCUCUGCUCUUAGCUGACCCGGAACCCUCAGAUCCCUGUGGCAAAGAGUGCCUUCGGCUUCUGCAACAGCUGCAUGAGAGUGCCCAGCGGUUGUGGGAGGUGACAGAGCAGAGCCUGCUUUCGUUUCGGCAGAGGCUAUACCCACCUUCUGGAGGUCUGGAGACUGUGCUGUUACUGAGCAAUGCUGACCAUGUCCUACAAGCCCACAUGGAGUACAUCAAGUCCUAUACUGACUGCGUGGUGGUGCAAGCCUUUCAGAAGGUCUCAAAGAAGAGGAGUGAGUUCUGGAGGAGCCAGCGCAAGACACUGCGGCAGCUGCUGUCCUCUGGGAGCCCUGGGGGCUCGGUGGGCACCACGGUGUACCAGGCCCUCCUCCAGCCACUCUCCCAGCACGUGCAGAAAUACGUGCUCCUCCUGCUGAGCCUCAGGGACACCCUUGAUGAGAACCACCCAGCCCAGGAGCUGGUGAUGCAUGCGGUUACCGUGUUUGGAAACCUGCAGUCCUUCAUGGGACAGGCCUUGGACCAAGCUGUGGCCACACAGGCCCUGUGGCACAGUCUCAGCAGCCGGCUGAGGGAUGUGCUCUGCACCCCAGCUCACCGACGACUCUUGCAGGACAGCCAGGACAUCCCCGUGGUGGUCACUCCACUGCGGGCUGAGCGCGUGCUGCUCUUUGAUGAUGCGCUUGUCCUGCUGCAGGGCCACAGUGUCCACACGUUUGACCUGAAGUUGGUAUGGGUAGAUCCUGGCAAAGACAAGUGUGCGCUCCACAUCCUCACUCCUGAAGAAGAGUUCUCCUUUUGUACCAGAGACCCCCAGGGCCAGGUUGAAUGGCAGUGGAAGGUGACCCAGGCUGUGUGCCAGGCCCUCUGUGGCAAGAAGGACUUCCCUGUGCUGGGAUCAGGCCGAAAGACAUCUGUGCCUCCUGAAUAUCGCCGUGUGGCCUAUACCUUCUGCCGCGAGGGCUGGCUCUACCAGGCCACCUACGAAGGCGAGUGGUGUCGAGCCAAGCCCCAUGGCAAGGGAACCCUGAAGUGGCCAGAUGGGCGGAACCACGUGGGGGAUUUCUACCAGGGCCUGGAGCAUGGCUUUGGCAUCCGCCUGGUGCCCCAGGCCUCUGAGGACAAAUUUGACUGUUACAAGUGCCACUGGCAGGAAGGCAGGAUGUGUGAGUACGGCAUCUGUGAGUAUGGCACUGACAAGGUGUACAAGGGCUAUUUUCAGGCCGGACUGCGGCACGGAUUUGGCAUCCUCGACAGUGCCCCGAAGGCUCCCCAGCCCUUCAGAUACACGGGCCACUGGGAGAGAGGCCAGAGGAGUGGCUACGGCAUCGAGGAGGACAGGGACAGGGGCGAGCGCUAUAUUGGCAUGUGGCAGGCUGACCAGCGUCAUGGCCCUGGGGUCGUGGUCACCCAGGCAGGCGUCUGCUACCAGGGCACAUUCCAAGGGGACAAGAUGGCCGGCCCAGGCAUCCUGCUCUAUGAGGAUGACUCUCUAUACGAAGGUACUUUCACCAGGGACCUGACGCUCCUAGGGAAGGGCAAGGUCACCUUCCCCAAUGGCUUCACCUUGGAUGGUUCUUUCAGCAGUGGGACAGAUAAAGGACUGUACACACAGGGAGUACUGGACACGGCUGCCCUCCCGCCUGACCAGAGCAGUACCCACAAGAGACAGCUGGGACUGGGCACCUUCCCUGUGGAGAGCCGCUGGCAGGGAGUCUACAGCCCCUUCCGGGACUUCGUGCGUUUAGGCUGUCCCGGGGAACUGCAGGAAGCCCUCCUGGGCUUCCACAUGCAGAGCUCCAGGGAGCUACACAAGUCCCAGGAGUACCUGUGUUGUGAGAGGACCCACCCUGAGGAUUGUGUGGGCAGCAUGGAAGAUACCCUGAAGGAGCUGCUGCAGCACCGCAAGCCCGAGGCCCUGCAGCAGUACCUCAGGAAGGCUCUGAACAAUACCCAACACCCCCUGGGGAAGCUGCUCCACACCCUGAUGCUGACCUUCCAGGCCACAUAUUCAGGCAUCGGGGCCAACAAACACCUGCAGGAGAUGGCCCAGGAGGAGGUGAAACAGCACGCCCGGGAGCUCUGGGCUGCCUACAGGGGUCUACUGAAGGUUGCCUUGCAGCGCCAGGGCCAGACCCUGGAGGAGGAGACCAUGGAGUCAAGGGACCUGCAGGUGCACGGGUUGCUCUUGCCCCUCAUCCUGCCCAGCUUCUACUCGGAGCUCUUCACACUGUACCUGCUUCUCCAUGAGAGAGAGGAUGGGCUGUACAGCCGGGGCAUCACCAACCUCAGUCUCUUCCCUGAUACCAAGCUGCUGGAGCUCCUGGAGGUGCAGAAGCAUCUGUGGCCCCUCAAGGACCUCAAGCUGACAAGCAAUCAGAGAUAUUCUCUGGUCCAGGACAAGUGUUUCCUGUCGGCCACUGAGUGUCUGCAGAAGAUCAUCACCACAGUGCACCCUCGGGAGAAGCUGGAAGUGCUUGAGAAGACCUAUGGAGAAAUUGAGGCCACGGUGUCACGGGUGCUGGGCCGAGAAUGCAAACUGGACAUGGAUCACCUAUUGCCGCUGUUUAUGUACGUGGUGUCCCGAGCUCGAAUUCAACAUCUGGGAGCUGAGAUCCACCUGAUCCGUGACAUGAUGGAUCCCGUCCACACAGGUGGCCUCCAUGACUUCCUGCUGACAGCUUUAGAGUCCUGUUAUAAGCACAUCCAGAAGGAAGACAUGAGGCUUCACCGUCUGCCCGGCCACUGGGACUCUAGAGAACUCUGGUGACACGGCCACUCUGGACCAAGUGCCUGCUGUGGACUUCUGUGAAGCAAGCACUGUCCACCUGCUCCCCACUGCCUGGAUCAAGGCAGGCUGUAGAGAUGGUUCUCAAAGGAGAUGGUGUCUUGCUUCCUACAUGGCCACACCAACUGCAGCAGUGUGACCCCAGAGCUCAUGGCUCUCCUUUGGCCUCUGGUCUGGGCUCUGAUAACCCUUUCCUCAGAAUUAGCACCAUCUCGGGGGAGGAGCCCUGACUGCACGUGGCCUCAGCCCUUAUUCUGUAGCCAUCAGUCUCGGGGCUGCGUGCUGCAUGAUGGUCUCCAAUAUUCUUCCUGUCCAGGUCACAGCAGCCCUUCUCAAUAUCUGGCUCCGUUCCGUUCUUUGGACCGAAAUGGACAUUCUCA